UAAUUAAAUGUUCAACAAAUAAAUUAUUAUAUAAUUGACAUUAGACUGAUGAAAUGCUACAGAGAUCAAAAACAGUGUGAUGAAGCUGAAAUCAAAUGAUCCAGAUUCAAGGAAGAAAAUGGCCAGCUCAAGCAAAAAUCCACCUGAUUCAAAGAUCAAAUCUGUCACAAAAUCUGAGGUUAAACAUAAGGCGACAUCGUCGUCUUCGAAAUCGACCACAAAAACAACAACUACAAAAGUGAGGGAGAAGAAAGUGUAUAAUCUUCCUGGCCAGAAACAUGAUCCUCCAGAACAGAAAGAACCUCUAAGGAUUUUCUAUGAGUCAUUAUCAAAACAAAUACCAACUAGUGAAAUGGCUGAAUUUUGGUUAAUGGAACAUGGGAUGCUAUCUCCAGAAAGUGCCAAGAGAGCAUUUGAGAAGAAGCAAAGGAAGCAAAAGGAGCUGAGGAUAGGAACUCCUGUGAAAACUGAAACUUCCAAUAAACAACAAGCAUCUAAAAAUGGAGACAUAAAAGCCAAAAAAGUAAUUGUUGAUAAUGAUGAAGAAGAAGAUGAUUUCAUAAGUUCUAAAAGAAGAAAAGGGUAGUAAGAUGGAAAGUCUUACAUUAGCUAUGACAGUUUUUCAACAUUAUUUAAUAGGAGAGUAGAAAAAUGUGAAGACAGAAAUCAAAAAGAAACUUGACCCUAUUUGGAUAAAUUGUUGAAUUAAGCACUUAUAAUUAGGGAUGUCAACUUGCCUCCGUUAGUGGGGAUCCCCGUGGGGAUUCUCCGUUUGGGGCCCCAAAGACGGGGAAUUUUCUCCCCACGGGGACGGGGAUGGGGAACAAAGUCUCCCCGAAGGCACUUCGGGGACGGGGGUGGCGUAAAUAUCCCCCGCCCCGUGGAGUCCCCGCCCCGCCUAAA